AUGAACUUGUAAAUAAUAUAAAAUAAUUCAUAUUAUUUAAAGAAAAUAUGUAAUUGUACAUACAGAAUAUCGACCUAAAUUAGGCUUUUGUUUGCCUGCCAAAAUUUUCAGAGCAGUUGAUUUCCCAAUUCCAUUAGUUCCAACCAACCCUAAUACUUCGCCAGGCCUUGGAAUAGGCAACGUGUACAAACAUAUACCUGUCAAAACCAAAAACGUGGAGGAAACUCCUUUACAACUCUUACGAAGGAGCUUCCGCACUCGUACACCACCACAUGCCUCGACUUCAAUCAUAGACUAUGAAAAUCACACAACUACGUACUGGAUACGAGCAAUUUCCAUUAGAUUUUUAUUAAUGAACAUGAAACAUCGCAACAUGAAACAUUGCAACAGGAAAAAAUGUUACACCGUAUGGACUGAACGAAAUUAUUACAAAUUGAACUUCUCGGCUGUUGCAUCGAGUGGAAUGGAGCGAAGUAUUCAUGAAAUGUUGAAAGAUGCUCCAUCUUUAAAUGAUAGCGAUAGCGCGGUUCAUAGUGGAACUCCUCCACCACAUAUACCGAAUAAUUGUAAUAACGAUAGUCAACCUAGACCAGCUACGAUAAAUUUAACAUUGGGUAGUCCUACAUCUCAAAUGUCUGUAACAGUAUCUCCAAAUACACCUAUACAGAAUGGUGAUACGCAAACAAUGCGUACUGCUCAGAGUAAAAUUGAGAGCAUUAAAAAUUGGAGUAUUUCUACAUACAAGUGUACAAGACAAUUAAUGUAUGAAAAACUUGGGAAAACAUCCCGCACAGUAGAUUCAGAACUUGAAACACAAAUUGAAUUAUUAAGAGAUACUCAAAGAAAGUAUUGUAAUGUUUUACGAUUGUCUAGAGCUUUAGCUUCUCAUUUUCAUCAUGUUGUCCAGACGCAACAUGCUUUGGGAGAAGCAUUUUCUGAGUUGGCACAGAAAUCUCCAGAGUUACAAGAAGAGUUUCUAUAUAAUUCAGAAACUCAAAGAAAUUUGACUAAAAAUGGUGAAACAUUACUAGGGGCCUUAAACUUUUUUGUUUCUUCGGUAAAUACACUUUGUAAUAAAACUAUUGAAGACACGUUAUUUACUGUACGACAGUACGAAACAGCAAGAAUAGAGUACGAUGCCUAUAGAACAGAUCUUGAAGCAUUGGCACAAGUAACGAAAAACGACAGCAGCAAUGCAGCAAGAUUGGAAGCAGCACAAGCACAUUACGAAGAACAUAAACAAAAUUUUGAAAAAUUAAGAUCAGACGUUUCAAUUAAACUUAAAUUUUUAGAUGAAAACAGAAUCAAAGUAAUGCAUAAACAAUUGUUAUUAUUUCACAAUGCAGUCUCUGCCUAUUUUUCUGGAAAUCAAACCGCACUGGAAGCCACGCUGAAGCAAUUUAACAUAAAAGUUAAGUCGCCAAAUUCAUCCUUGCCAUCGUGGCUUGAACAGUAGUUACAUUAGAAGAAAUACAAGUUUUUCAGGAAAAACACACAUGAAUAAAAAAAUGCAUUCGUCCAUACGAAUUUCUUCUUAAAGAAAACGGGAAUAACAAGGUAGAACAACUUUCAAAAAUUCUUGAGCAAGUACUAAAAGACACUGCUGUCGAGUAAUUUGUCUCGGUAUCGAUAAUUUUUGAAAAAAAAAGUGGUAUCUAAAAACAGACUGAAUUUUUUCUGAAUUAUGCUUUAAACACUGGCCAAUAUUCCUUCUUACGUGACAUACGUAUCAAUGAAUUUUAAUUAUAUAAUUAAUAAUUAUAUUGAACAGUUUAUAUUAAUGACAUCUGUUGAAAGAUCUGAUGAAGAUUCUCUUUAUUCAGUAGCAGUGCUUACAAAACUUUAUGAGCAAUAGAUAUUUAAUUUUUAUAUUUGACUUCUUAGAGAAGUUCUAAUGUAAAUAUAUAAACUAUCAUAUAUUGAGCUUUGAAUUUUAUAGUAUGUACAAAACAAUAUUGAUGAUUUGUUUGCAUUACAUUUUGCACCAGAUUAAUAAGUUUUUUAUCUCUUUUAAUAUUUAGAUUUGAUGGAUUAAACAAAUUCGCAAUUAGAUGAUUUAGUAUUUCUCAUUCCAUUUUAAGUAUUAAAAAUAUUGACUGAAUUUUAAUUUUGGUUCUAUUACAAUUACUAAAAAUAUAUUCCUUAUUUUUAUUGUAUUUAUGUUAUUAAAUUUAGUUUAAUUUAACAAGAAAACUUAAAAAUAAUUUUGUAAGAGUUAGAGUAUCUUCAAGUACGUAGGAUGUUCGUAAAGGAUUAUAUCAAAUAUUAACAAUAUGCAAUGCUAAUUAAAAUUAAUAAAGAAAUAUAAAUAAUAGAUAGCUUUUUAUUUAAUUUAAUAAGCAUUGUAUACUUGUGAGUUUGAUAUCAUUUUUGAAUAUUCUAUAUAUCAAAUCUUCAAUAUCUCUACAUUUUAAUUAGUACAUAUAAAUUUAACAUUGACUUUGUUUACAAUCUUUUUCUAUCUACUAAUUUUUAUGUCCAAAUCAAUAGUUUUAAUAAAGAUAGGAACGAAUCACAUGCUUAUAAUUAGCCUAAUCAUAUUUUUAAAUUAAUGGUACUUUCUGUGUACAAUUGAUAUUUGAACAAAGCUGUUUUUAAUCGUUUAAUUUAUUUUUUAAAUUAUGUUAUCAAUUUUUGCAUGUCAGAUUUAUGACAGAAAUAUAGAAUAAGUAACUUUUUUUUGUCCUUAAACGUAAAACAUAUUGUCGUAAGAUGUGAAAGAUAAUAUGUGAAAAUGUUUGAGUAUCUCAGUAUAGAAAAUACAAGUUUAUUUAAAUUUAUUUAUAUAGAUACCAUAGUAUCGGUUUGUUGAAAAGAAGAAUUAAUUUUGAUUAAUACGUUUAAAGAAACGGGAAACUGUUGCAAAAACAGAUUCAAACUAGUCAUAUUUUAUAAGUGAAUAUUUAAAAAUCAAAUAAAUUGUGUGAAAUUAUGACUUAUAUGCUUUGAUAUACAUUGACAUUAUUUAUACAAAUUUGUUUUUUUGAAGCAGCAAUACAUAUUAUGUAUAUUGAAACAUUAUAAAUUAUUGCGCUUCGUAAAUAGGAAAAUUUUUAGUAUAGAUAUAAUAAAUGUAUGUAUAUUAUCAUUAUCGUUUGUUGCUUAUACUCAGAGUUUACACCGACAUUGAUAAUAACUUAAAAUUGAAUCUAUUAAUAUUAUGACAUCAUCGAUGCAUCUUAUCAUAUGUUUUAAACUAAUCCUUCCAAUGUGAUCGUAAUACAAUAAAUUUUUGUAUGUACAUAUGAUAAUAUGUAUGAGUGAAUUGCACAUUGAAUAAAUGUAGAAUUCACUUUUAAAAAUUUUGCGAAUUAUCAUUAUUAUAAAUCUACAUUUGUGUAUAAAGUAAAAAUUAUGAUCCAUACUAUAAUAAUAAUACUUUAUUUUUUUACACAAUGCAGAUUGACUUAAUAUAUAAUUUCUGAAGAUUAUUACAUUUUUUAAAAUAUUUUAUUAUUAUUCUAUAGAAAAUACAUUCCGUUACUUAACAGGUUUUUUAGGAAUGUUUAGACCAAUAAAAAGAAACACUGUAAUUAAACAAAAAUAAAAUCUUAUAUUUAUUAAGUAGGAAUAAGAAAUAACUUGAAAUAUGCGGUUGAAGAAUGUUUUAAUUUACAAAAUGUAUUGUAGCUACUAUAUUAUGUUCCUAAUCAUGAUGUUAUUGUGUGUAUAUUAUGUGUAUACAAACUCCAAACAAUAAAUGAAUGCUUAUAUAUCUUGCUUUGUAUGGAGUUUUGUUAAUUACUAGCAUCGUUUUUAUCAAGAUAAUAAUGGCAGUAUUUUAUAUUCAUUAUUCCCACAAAAUACAUAUACAUCUAUAUAUAAGUGUUUUAUAAUAUAUUAAUGUAAAUAAUGAGAAGUAACAAUAAAUACAUAUUGAUUAUGUAACUUGUAAUAUAAUUAGUUUAAUUACAAAAAUGUACAUAUUUAAUGGAAGACCUAAUUAACUAGCUAGUGCUUUCAUUGUUCUGUUCUUCUUGUAUUUCUUCUAAAGCUUUCAUUUGUUUUUGAUAUUCUUCCAUACUUCUGCGAGCAAUAACAGGUUGCACUUCCAUAAAUACUUCCAUUAUUUUGUGAUUUGCAUGAAUGUGUUUGCCCGAACAAUUUUCUACACAUUGAAGCUACAUCAAAUUUAUAUUUUCAAUACACUUUCAAAAAUUUAUACUUUUUAAUACACAAGUAUUAUAUAUGUAUGUACUUUGUAAGUAAAAUCAACGAAAUACUUUAAAUUUAAUAGUGACAAAUAUACCUCUUCUGUAGAUACGUCCCUUGACAUAAACGUACUCACGCAUGUUUUAAAACACAUUUCAGACAUCUGAUUGAACAAAAGUUGAAAAUCUCUCAUCUCUUCUUAUAAGAUUAGUUGAAGGUAAAAAUAUUGAUUUCAAAGACUUGUAGUGAUAAUUUACAUUCCUACUUGUAAGAAAAUUAGGUUUGCUACAUUUAAUACAUUCGAAAUGCAGUUAUUUGAAACCUGUUGAAACCAUAAAUUCACAUAAUUAACUGAUUAAAAAUACGAACGAAAAUUUACGCGAAAUAAAAGAAUGACACACGGUUAUUUAAAAGAUAAAUGAUAGUAGCAGAACAAAGAAAGAAGUUUCCACGGAUUAACGAAGAUUUAUUAACGUUACUCGAAAAAUAAUAAUUCGUACGCGUCGACGUCGAGCAGAAAAAAAUAGACGACAAUCAUAGAGCAAAAAAAGAAGUUUCCACGGGUUAACGAAG